GGGGGAGCUCGGAAGCCUCUGCUUCCCAAGAGGCCUCCUGCCACCUCUGCAGCCUCCGCCGGGCCCAGGUGGCCGGGUCUCACCUGCCGGCAGGCCCGGGGGCCGCCCGCCGCCGAGACCGGUCUCCGGGGCGGGCGGAGCGGGAAAGUGGAGAGGCGAGGUGCGGGGGUCCGCGGGGAGGCCUGGAGCGCGGCCAGGUGAUGGUGGGCCCCUGCUGCUCCGGAGGAAAGGGGACCCCCAGAGCAGCCGUACCCCCGUGCUGCCCCAGGCUGGCGUUUUGACAUCAUCAUCCCCAGGGAAGUGGGCCAGCGCCGAGUUCGCCUGGUGUCCCUUAAGUGCCCUUAAGAUGCAGUGAUCAAAGCAUUAGGCUGUCCCCCGGCGAGGGGCACUGCCUGCGCUUGGGGACUCGGAGCAGAGAAAAAGGGCAGAAUGAUGCUGUCAGAGCAAGCCCAAAAGUGGUUUCCAACCCACGUGCAGGUCACAGUGCUCCAAGCCAAAGAUCUCAAGCCCAAAGGCAAAAGUGGUACCAAUGACACGUACACUAUCAUUCAGCUGGGCAAGGAGAAGUACUCCACCUCUGUAGCUGAGAAAACCCUUGAGCCAGUCUGGAAGGAAGAGGCCUCCUUUGAGCUACCAGGGCUGCUAAUGCAGGGAAAUCCAGAGAAAUACAUCCUUUUCCUCAUAGUUAUGCACAGGUCCCUGGUGGGGCUGGAUAAAUUUUUAGGGCAGGUGGCAAUCAAUCUCAAUGACAUCUUUGAGGACAAACAAAGAAGGAAAACAGAGUGGUUUAGAUUAGAAUCCAAACAAGGAAAAAGAGCCAAAAACAGGGGUGAGAUAAAAGUCAAUAUUCAAUUUAUGAGAAACAACAUGACAGCAAGUAUGUUUGACUUAUCAAUGAAGGACAAAACAAGAUCUCCUUUUGCAAAAUUAAAAGAUAAGAUGAAAGGUAGAAAAAAUGAUGGGACAUUUUCUGAUACAUCGUCUGCAAUCAUUCCAAGUACUCACAUGCCUGAUGCCAGCACUGAUUUUUCAAGUGGUGAAAUCCAGAUGAAAUCCAAACCAAAAAAGCCUUUUCUUUUGGGCCCUCAGAGACUUUCCUCAGCACAUUCAAUGUCCGAUUUAACUGGGUCCCACAUGUCUUCUGAGAAACUGAAGUCUGGCGCCAUUGGUCAAACACAUCUUCUUGGGCGCCAGAUAGAUUCAUUUGGAGCAGUUCCAGAAAGUGGAAGCCUCAAAUCUCCACACAGAAGGACAUUAAGCUUUGAUACUUCUAAAAUGAACCCACCUGACAACAGUGUGGACGAAGGUGAAUCAUCCUUUGGAAGACAAAAUGACCCUUUUACAAAUGUGACUGCUUCAUUACCCCAAAAAUUUGCAACACUGCCAAGGAAGAAAAACCCAUUUGAAGAAAGCAGUGAAUCAUGGGACAGCAGCGUGAAUUUAUUUUCAAAAUCAAUUGAAGUAAAAAAAGAAAACAAGAGAGAGAAAAGGGAGAAAGUUAGCCUGUUUGAAAGAGUAACUGGAAAAAAAGAUAGCAGAAGAUCAGACAAACUUAAUAACGGGGGAUCGGAUAGCCCUUGUGACUUGAAAUCACCUAACGCAUUUGGUGAAAAUCGUCAGGACUAUUUUGAUUAUGAGUCAACUAAUCCGUUUACAACCAAAUUCAGGGCUUCAAAUAUAAUGCCAUCUUCAAGUUUUCAUAUGAAUCCGACAAGCAAUGAAGACCUCAGGAAAAUACUGGACAGCAACCCUUUUGAUGCCACUGCAGGGUAUCGUAGUCUGACGUACGAGGAGGUAGUACAGGAGCUAGUGAAGCACAAAGAGCUCCUUAGGAGGAAGGACACCCAUAUCCGGGAACUCGAGGACUACAUCGACAACCUCCUUGUAAGGGUCAUGGAAGAAACACCCAGUAUUCUCAGAGUGCCAUAUGAACCGUCCAGGAAAGCUGGCAAAUUCUCCAAUAGUUAAUAAGCCACUUGUACUGCUUUUAUAAUUAAAACAUAAAAGAGAAUGAAAAGAGGGAAAAGAAAAUGAAAGAGAGAAAAAGAAAGAGAAAGAAAAACUUAUUCAUGAAAGAGACCAGGUCUCAUUACAUAUUCUCCUGUUCGAGUUCUAAAAAUUGUUUUACCUGUAAAUAUUGAAGUGAGUUUAAUAAUUUAAACUUUUAAAGUGAAAAUGGGCCAGAUUCUCUGAAUAAGCAGUUUCUUAGGACUCACUUCGGUGCUGGUGCCGGCCCACGAAUCUACCAGAGGCCUAGAAAUAUCUUCAGAAGUACAUGACUUAUUCCUCAGGAAUAGAUUUCUCACAGAGCAGAAUUGAUACUGUGUUUGGUUUCUCAGAAGUCAAUUUGUAGACAUAUUUAGCUGCAGGAAUACUGCUCAUAAUAAACACUACUAAAACUUCAUAUUUUAUAUACAUAUAUAUGUACAUGAAUAUAUGUCCACGUGUCUUUGUAUAUAAAGUACAUGCAUAUACCUCAUAUGUAAGUGUUUUUAGAACAUUAACAAAAACUGGUUGCCUCUAAGGUUGGGAUAUUACUUAUAAUUUGAAAAUAGAUGUGUGACCUAUUGGUGCAGAACAAAUCAUUGUUACUAGUAUUUGAUUUGUUAUGCAGAAGCUGCUUCAAAUCACUCUUGACUACAUGAAGCUUGGUUUCAAAGUGAGCUGCUAUAUAUUAUUCCAGCUUCACAUUUUUGCUCUUUUACUGAAAGUAGUGACCCAUAGCCCUUUCUUAAAGAAUGGCAUAUUUUGGGAAGCGUCAUUAACUUCACGACAGCAUGAAUUUCCUUGAAUUAAUGUUUUUAUCCUAACAUCUUGGGUUUUGUUUAAGCUAUAAGCAAAAGAUAAGCUAACGUAAUUUGUUUUGUAGGGAUUCUGCAUGCCGCCGUUAAAUCACUAGGAAAGAAAAUAUUAGCAAAUUAUAUCUGAAGACGAUUUUGGGGGGAAAAUGUAGGUACUCAUCUGAUGCUUGAUAACCCAAAGCAAUGGGCAAAUUCUAGGGAGAUGAAGAAUUAAGCUUGGUUUCAAGUUACAUAAAUAAUGGGACAGAUGGUUGCCUUUGGGUCUUGAACCAAAAUAUGAGUUACUGAAGGAGGAGUGAGUUUUUAGAGCAGAUCUUUACUAGCGUGACAUUGUACAUUACACUACCCUUUAAAAGUUGGCUUAUCACAAAAUUAUGUCUUUUUAUGAAAUCCACUGCCCCAGAAUGCUGAUUAUUUCCAUGAAUUAUCUAUAUAAUAUUUGUACAAAAUUAAUCCGAAAUCUAAAGUGGAAAACAAUGGUAUAAAAAUGUUACCAAUCAUCUAGUGCUUAUUUUUCAACCUUAGAAAUCUAAAAUACUUAGCAUGAAAUACUGAGAGUAUCCCUCUCUCUGAAUUUAAAAUGAAAAUUUUAUUUACAUAUGGAGACCCAUAUAAUCCCCCAGUUUUUUAAUGAACUGCAUUUUUUCUAAUAUUUAUCCCUGUUAAACUUUAUUGAAAAUAAAGUUAAAAGCAGAUAUAAUAAUUUUCUCCUUUUAAUGUUUUGAAUCAGAUAACACUGGGCCAAGCUUAUGUAAAGAACAUAAGCUAAAAUCCCUUGUUACUGUUACUUUCUGAGUUUCUUUAUAUUUCUUAUGAGUACAUCAUUUUGAAAUUCUGAGAAAUUUCCCCAAAUAUAAAAAUUAAAUAAUUUUCUAAAAUUAAGAGAUAGGGAAAGAAAAAUUGCUUUUGCCAGUUUUUCCCUCUACUUACAAUUAAAGUUCUGUAAUUAAUCUCAAAAUCUAGUACAGAAUUUUAUUUUCUCGUUAGAGGUUUUGGUAAUUACUGUUCUUAUCGUGGUGCCAUUUUUAAUUUAAAAUUUGUUAAGUAUUACAAAAUUCUUAGCAUUUGGUUUUUCUGUUUGUAUAAUUGAGGCUUGUAUACUUUUUUAAACACCAAAGUUCAUUUAUAUUUAGUAUUAUGACAGAGACCUGCAGAUAGUUUAAUGUGCUUUGGCCACAUUUGCUCUUUAUAGAAUGAACCAAGAUGUCAGUUUUGUAUCUGGGGGUUGUUUUAUAUAAAUAGAGCUCAUUCAAAAGUAUGGUUCAAGUCCUGCCAUUCUUUUUAUGGGGAAGUUCAUUUCACAAGAACAAUUCUUUGCCGGCAUAAAAACCAUCAAGGAUUAAACUUAUUCACAAGGAGUGCUUUGGCUAUAACUGAAUCAACAUUUUUAUCUUUAAAUCUGAAAAGUGUUGUACUGAAAACUGAAUCUACAUUUAUCACUGCCUGAAAAAUUUCCGUUCCGAUGUUUAUGAAUUUUCACUCAUGACCUAGAAUAGACCUUAUUAGAUAUUUUCAUAAUCAGUCAACAUAAUAAACUAAAAACAAAAAGUUGAAGUGAAUUCCCCAGGAAACCUAUCAGUGUUUCCUGUGUUUGGGUAGAGGUACAGGCAGAGCAGGUUGAAUUUCUAGCGUUGUAGAAAAAUGGCCAGAAAGAUCACUUUAGUUUAUUUUUCCAAAAUGUAACUUUAAGCAUUCUAAUGAUAUAUUUUGUUAGUAUCUUAGAAAUGGAGAUAAAACACCUAUAUCAUUAAAUAAUGCACAGCACAGACUUAUAAACAUUUUUUUUUUCUUUAUGUUUAAAAAAUGCAUGCUCAAAAACAUUUUCACCCAGAGGAUUUUUUAAAAUCCCCCAAUUGAUAUUUAUUUCAAAGCUAUCUUAAACUAACAUACUUCUGUUACAUAUUCAAAAUAUUCCUGCUAUUAUUUUAAAGACAGUAUUGUUUUAUGACCAAUUCUAAAAUUCAGUGUUGAGAGUAUUGAACAUACUGUUCUCCCACUUAGGCUUCAGGUGUCAUUUAUGGAAUACCAGGGCCAUAUCCUAGAGUUGUAUGUAUAAUAGUGUAUCGCCUGUUCAUGCAAAAUGUUGAAGUAUUGCUUUUUGCUGCUAUAUUCUGCAUUGAGCCUAGUUUUGCCAUCUCCAGUGAAUGUAGUAUUACCCAUAGAUUAUACAUAACUACAUCUAUUGCUUUUGGCAGUAAAUCAAGAUUUAGUUGUAAUUCUCCAGCUGUGAAAAUGUUGCCCUGUAUUUAAAAGGGUUUCAUGAAUGGAAACCUAAAACUAAGCUCAUUAGUGACAGACUGGCUUUCCUCACAUCCUUCCUUCAGCACCCCCACACCCCCCUCUUCCUACCAGCCCUGUAAGGGUGCUUAUUCUUUAACACAGAGAAUCUUAAAAAAAAACAAAAAAACUGCUGUCUGUAAUAUAUCUACAGUAAUUGUUACACUAGAGCUUUUAUUUUCCUCUGUAGCUUUUUAGAAAAAGCAACCUUAGAUUUGUAAAGCAAGCUGAAACUUUUGAUGUUCGUGUACUUGUAUGUCUUAGAGACAGGCUAGGUGUCACUUGUGUGUGUAGGUGAAGUGCCAGGCAUGUUCAUGGACUUGAUCUCUUUGAAGUAAGAGGAAAAAGAACUACAGCGCUGUCCGUCAGGAGGGGAGAUGGAAGGGUCUGUCAGCACACAUUGAAAGCCCCGAUUUUCACAGAUUUAUAACUUUAAUAAUCCAGAUGCAAUCAUUGGAAGUAUUUAAUAUGCAAUAGGUAGCACCUUAAGUAAUUAAUCUGCAUACGAAGGGUUUUCUGAUGUAUUGAAUAAGAAGCGUAGAAGCUCUUCAGGCAUUGGAGUUGACGUUUUAUUUCAUUUAUUUUCUGUCAAAAAACACACUCUUACAAUGGAAUUGAAGUCUGUAACAAAUGGUACAUUUAGGCCUAUUAAUCUCUGAAGCUUCCAGAUGGUUUGUACUUUAAGGCACAAAAAGCGCUGCAGAUCUGGUUAUGUAUGUAUGUAUGUAGUAGGUACUUGAAAAAUGGAAGCAUUAUUUAUAAGUGAAGAGUAUUGCACUUAAUCUUACUCAGUAAAUGCUCUUAGUACUUGUGUACAUUUUUGGAGGUAUAAACUCAAAAAUAUGGAAGCAUUCCAUAAUGUGAUGGCUGUAUAAUUUAUGUAAUCUGAUGCAUGAAGCAGAAUUUUUAUAUAAUAUCCAAUGAUCAUUGAUCUAUGGUAGUUGAUUAAAGUGUUUAAUCUUAUUUCAGUUGUCAAAAUUUCUUAUUGCAGAUGAAACAGUGUUACCGUAAUGCAUCAGUACACGAGUCUUUGUCUUUUAUUUAAAACUUAGGCUGCCUCUCAGUUGACAUAUUGUAGCAGGUAUUCUGUAUGACCUACGAACGGCUUUACUACGAAGAGUUCUGAAAGUCAGUCAGAGACCUUAGAGUGAACAUUCUUUAAGGAGCAAGUGAAUGCCCUGUGUAUAUAAGACACUGUGCUUAACCUUGUGGCCGUUGAGUCGAUUGUGACUCAUCGUGACUCUACAGGACAGAGUAGAACUGACACAUAGGGCUUCCAAGGCUAUAAAUGUUUACAGAAGCAGACUGCUACGUUUUUCUUCCAUGGAGCAACUAGUGGGUUUGAACCGCCAACUCUUUGGUUACAGCUUAACCAUUGCUACACCAAGGCUCCCUGCUGUGCUUACGGUUUGGAAAUAAACAAUAUAGAGAUCGCUUCAUAGGGGUGGGGCUUAUGGUUUGGUUGAAAAUGAUGUUUGGGUGUGUCUGUAUCGGCUAAAGGCCUCUGCCGAGUGCUUUCUGUUUAUGCGUUAUUUCAUUCAUUCCUCACAGCAGCCCUAUAAGGUAAGGACUACACAAGCUUUCAGAGGAAAUGUAAGACAACUAAUGAAGAAACCAUUUGUGGAACCCAAGAAAGAGUAGAUAGAGUAGGUUCGGCAAACCGAUAGCAUUUGUCAUCACUUCUUAUCCUCCAGUUUGUGACAGAAAUCACAUCAGUUCUCAGCGUAGCAGUCCAAGUGCACACCUGUCCGUCUGCGAUGCUAUCUGAGGGGAAAUGUGGGUCUCAGGGCCCAAAGGCCUGGGCUGGUGUGAGUGUGUUAGUGUGGAUAUGUGUUUGCACACUGGCCGUGAAUUAGGCAGUUGUAUUCGAGAUGACAAGAUGUGGUCCAUAUGUAGUCUUGUAUAUAAAUCUCACAUUUGGAACAGGGAUUUCUCUGCAGAGAACACCUUCCCUGUUCUCUGCUCUCACUGCCUCCACUUCCCCUGCCUAUCUCCUCUAGGUUGCUCUUUCUACCUAGCCCCGGCACAUGUAUUUAUUUUCGCUUAGUCUCCUGAGACAAACAUACUUGGGGCAAUUUGGAAGUGGAGCAUUGCUAUCCUUCUGUUAAAGUGGCCAUUUAUCACAUUGAUUUUGUUUCAGUGCAGUGCCUUUCUGAGAAAUGUUUCCGUUUAGUUUUUCAAAGUAAUGGGCUUAUGACCUGGAUGUCCAGCGUUUUACAUUUUCCCCUAAAUAAUAUUAUGUGAUAACACAGACAUCAUAUUUCACACUUUUAUGGUCAUACGAGGUUAGUCCUUAUAAGCAAUACUGUUAUAUAUGUAUAAUUACAUGAACUGGAAGUGCUUGAUUUUGUUACACCCCUUGUACCCUAAAACUUGAUUCUUAAAUUUUCAAUGGUCCCAUCAUUUGCAACGCGUACUGAAAAGCCAGAGUUUAUGCUGGGAAGCACAAAAUCACAUUUCUCUAUCAGAGGUUUUCAAUUAUGGUGUGUUGUGGUCAAGUGUAAGAUGUGGUCCAGUUUAUUACUAAUGUUAAGUACUAACGUCCGUGGCUAUUUUUCUUUGUAAAUUAGACCAGAGUAAAAAAUAAAUAAUUUUUUUUUUCUUUUAAAGGUUAUUGCUAUUCCUGUGUUGCUCACAUUCUAUUAUUGCUAAUUUGAAUGACAGAAAAGUGUUGAGAGUAAGAAUGCAAGUUAUUUACAGUCCCCAGCAAACUUUCGUAUUUGUACUACAGCCCUUAACACAGGGAUUGCAAACUCAGACAUCUCCAGGGCCAGACAGGUAAGGUCAGGUACGCGGCAAGCUGGGUGCAGAAGAGGGCUUACUGGGGAAGUGGUGAUCUAGAGAGUCCAUUUCCCCACUAAAAGGAAGCAACGACUACUCAGCUCCAGUGCAUUGUUGCUGUGUGGAAAUGAAUGCAAGGCCAGAAUUGCUACACAUUUCUAGAAGAACUGAAAAUAUAGAUUUUUAUGUGAAAUUUGAUUUCUGUUGUUGGCGGCUGAGUAAUUGUUUUCCUGAAAAUAAUGUAGGCCAAACAGUCUGGGGGCUACUAGUUUAUAUCGCUUCUUAGUUGAGUUACUACUGCAGAUGAACUAAAAAUAGUAAUGAGAAGAAAAAUAAGAACAACUCAGAUUGUGGUUGUCGUUUACUGCCCCCUAAAAUGGUUUUGUAUUUAAUCAAAAACUGGCUGGCCAAAGGGCGUGUGGGCUGCAUGGGAUAUGUAAGACUGAGAACCACAGGUCAAGACCCUCCAGCGUGCCUGUCCCUGAGCCCAGCUGUGCACAUGCUUUCAAAACAGUAUGGGUGACCUGAGUGACAGUUCAAGGGACACUGCUUUAGUUUUGGUGCAUUUUGUUGUCUCAGGGUCUGUCAUAUACCCUUUUUAUGGUGGUUGUGACUUUUCCGAUACCUUAUUUAUGUCAAUCUUUUUGUAAAACAAAAAAACAACUAGUAUCCCAAAGAUGGAAACCCCCGUGGCAUAGUAGUUAAGUGCUACAGCUGCUGACCAAGAGAUUGGCAGUUUGAAUCCACCAGGCGCUCCUUGGAAACUCUAUGGGGCAGUUCUUCUCUGUCCUGUAGGGUCGCUAGGGGUCAGAAUCAACUUGACAGCAGUGGGUUUUGGGGUUUUUGGGAUCCCAAAUAUCAGUUUAGUGCAUGGUAUUUGUGGUGUGUGUUAAGGCCAAAUCACAUAAGGUAUAUGACCAUUUCCAGCCAUAUAAAAUGGAUGUAUUUUCAUUUGAGUUUUAAGGUACGUAAUACAUAUCUCCACUGAGGUAUAAUGGCCAUUGACUGCAUAGUUUUUACGGAUUUUGUACAUCAACCAUUUAAAAUUCUGCCAUUCUUUUUGAUCCCAGCCAGAUCAGGAAAGAUGGAUGGUUUAGAUUAAUGCUUCUCAAAGUGUUGUCCCAAAACCAAUAACGUCCGUGUCACCUGGGAGCUUGUUAGAAAUGCAAAAUCUCAGGCCCUACCCUAGACCCCCUGAAUCAAAUUCUCGGGGUUGAACCUAAAAACCUGGUUUAACAAGUCUUCCAGCUUAUCUGAUCUCUCUGGAAAAACUGAAAACAGAUUUCGGUUUUAAAAAGCCCUGUGGCUGAUUCUUAUGCACACUCAAAUUUGAGAACCAUUGAGAGAGAGAUGUCUAUCUCAGUGUGGUUUAGGCAACACUUUCUUGGCUAAGGUAACUUUCCUUGCCAGUCUUGAAUGUGUUUAUGAACUUAUAUUUUUAAAAAGAUUUUUAUGAACUGAAUACUUUUGGAAAAACUUAAUUAUCAAGUAUGAUGAAGCUUCAUACAGGUAAAAUGUUUAUAAGAUAAUGCAAGAUGAAUACUAUGGACUCAUUCAUGUGAUAUGUUUGUGUGACAAGAUUUGGUAUUCUGAUUGAGAAGGAAAAAAUACACGUGAGCAUUUUAUGUAAAACUGCCAGAAUAUUCUUUUGUUUGGUGUGAUUUUGCUGUCCCACAUUUGGUUAAGUAGGCCAUCUUAGCCUCCCAAAGGACUUUUUACCUGAGGUACAAGGUAAUGCUGUAGAAAAAGAAACAGAGAAUGCAGCCACAUAUGAAAAUGUGGUAGAAUAAAGUUUUGAAUAUAUGUGUGAAAUUGUGAAAUGGACCUUCACGUAACAAAUGAAGCAGCCUUGUGACCUUAGGUGAGAGACUUCACUUAACAGCACUUUGUAAAUUUGCUAGCUUACUAAUCAUUUAGGCAAAUAAUUUAUUUGUUCAUAUGAAGCUUACAUUCUUUUCACAGCCAAAAGUGAGCUGAGUUCUCAUUUUUGCUUGCAUUGAAAACUUUGGUCAGGUGGUGGUAUCAGACUAGAGAAAUCUAGAAUCAAAUUUAAAAAUCUUACUAGGUCUUGCAUCAGAUGUUAGCAACACUAAAGGAUUAGGAAAAGGUCAUCAUGCUUUAGGUUAAAUAACAACUUAAAAUAAGGGUGGUGUGAGCGAGCAUCCAACAGGAGAGCGAUUUAUUGGUUUUUCUUAGUGGAUUGGAAUCUGGAAGAUUACCAAUAUGAAAUGGGUUCAAAGACAGCUGAACACAGGUAAAAGUUGUCAAGUGUGGGUUUUUGUUACUAUUUUUGAAUCAUCAUACAAACCCUCAAGAAAAUGUCAAUGCCAAACAUUAGAUUAGCCAGCUGUAGAAACCUAAUAGUAAGGAACUAGAGAAAACAUAAUUAAAAUCACAGUAGUUCAGAAUCCCCCAUCUGAACUUGUAGUUGAACCUCUUUCACUAAAAUUUUGCUAAAUACAAGUGAAAAGGUAACAAAAAUGCCUAUGACUUUAAUUUCCUUUCCUAGUUCUGUUGGUGGCAUUAAGGAGAAAAUAUAGCAGAGAAAGCCAUGGGACUUGGGUGGAGAAGGGAAGCGGGAGGCCAGGCUUGGUGGCAAAGCAGUUGUCAGCCUCCGGCUAACUCGGCAUAUACCCUCAGAGACCAGGCAGGAGGAACACCUGUUGUAAGAAAGGAUUCAUUUAUCACAAACAGUUGCUGACUGAGCCAAUAAACCAGACAUUAAAUGUUUUUAUUUACAUUUGAAGUUUUUUUAUUAAUGCACUGUUAUUGAACAUCUUUCAUGAUUUUUAUAAGCUGUAAAAAUGUUUUAAUCCUUGACUUAUUUUGUUUACCAAGCUAUUCAUUUAAUGCUAUAUACUAUGUAGCGCUUGAGACCAUCUGUUGAGAAUAUUUGAAUAAUAUGCAUUCUGUGAAGAUAUGUACAGCAAAUAAAGUGUAAAACACAUGAAAUAUUCAGCAAGAGUGUGUGAUGAAGACAAUCCAUGUAUUUUAAUUAAAAAAAAAUGUGGCCUGAAGUCUAGCAGUAAGUCUUUCCAAAAAUGAUGCUCCUGUGCUGAGGAGGCAUUAAGCCGUCAUUUUGAUUUUGAAGUGAAUAGAUUUUAGAUAAAAAAUAUUGGAAUUAAUACUAAUUAGAAGUGUGCUUAUUAGCACUCUGAAGUAUUAUUUCAUCUCAGGGUGAGACUUUAUUUCGGAAGCUGUGAGUAGCAGGGGACGUCUCAGGUUGUCCCAGGGGUCACCUCAGAAAAGUGGAUUUGGGGGAGGCACCAGGUUUAGCUUUGUAGUCUUGAAAACUCAACUAUUGGAGGCUGAGACUACCUGUUUACUUCUCUCCUCCGAAUUGGUGGAGAGGACAGGGGAUUAACAGCAUGUAUGGUCCCCCAACUGCCUCUCCCUGCUUCCAGGCAAGGGACCUUGUGAAAGAUUGAAAAUUUGAGGGCUCCCAGGUUGCUUAGCUGCCUAUAGACCGUAGGAUUCUUGACCCAUCCACGUUUUGGCCAUGAGUAAUCCUAAGGAGCUCCACCACUCCUGGUAGGCAUGCUUUUACUUCAGGGCUACACCAUUUGAUGAGUUGUUUAUAACUUAGUUGCUCAUAAUGCCUUCUCUAAUAAUGUGUCCAGUGGUAAUACCAAAAAAAAAAAAAAGUUGGUAAUACACAUGAGGCAAAAUCUGGUUCCCACCAGAUGGCCGGAGUAUCUGGCUCACUGUAAGUCUUAAUCCUGGUACUCAACUGUUUAACUUUGCUUUUCCUAACUGCUUUCAAGUCCUGUGUUUUGAUGCCUACACCAGAUCUCGUGGGAAUUAAAAUCAUCGUAGUUUUUUUUUUUCCAAUGCGUGUUACAGGCAAAGGCUUAACGUGCUCAGCUGCUAACCAAAAGGUUGGCAGUUUGAUCCACCCGUAGGUACCUUGGAAGAAAGACCUGGUGAUCUACUUCUGAAAAAUCAUUCAUAAAAAACCCUACAGAGCACAGUUCUACUCUGACACAAAUGGGGCCACCAGGAGUCAGAGUCAAGUGGACAGGAGCUGUAAAUGAAUUUUAGUGUGUAUCUAAAUGGUUUUAUUCCUACCUUUAUUAUUGUUAUAUCUCUAUUUCUUUUUGUCUUGGCUCCUUCAAUUUUUUUACUUCAUUCUUUUGGACUGUAUGUGCUUUUAUAAACCACCCCAAAUGUUUUGUGGAUGGGACAUCGUAUGAAUAAAUUUUUCAUCUGGCAUUUCUUCCAGUCCUGCUCUUUCUACUCCAGAGUGGCCUAUCUCAUCUUCGCUGACCUCCAGCAAACUCCUUUCUUGUACAUUUAUUUGUCCUUAUUUCUAGAUGUACAGCUAUUUUUUUAAAAAAAAUAUACUAAGAAUUCCCGGCAAAGAGCAGGAGCGUCUAGUCAUUGUAGCACUGAUACCUAGCACCCUAACCUGUUGCUGUCAAGUCGAGUCCUACUUAGCGACCCUAUAGAACAGAGUAGAACUGCCCCAUAGAGUUUCCAAGGAGCACCCGGUGGAUUUAAACUGCUGAUCUCUUGGUUAGCAGCUGCAGCACUUGACCACUACACCACCAGGGUUUCUGACACCUAGCACAGUUCUUGGUAAUAGCUGGUACUCAGUAAAUAUUUGUUGAGUGGAUGAUGGAGUUAUUUUUAUUAAGACCCAUAGGAUCGUUAUGGAAAAUUAUAAACAGUGAUGUUAUCAUAUAAAGAAGCUCCUUUUAAAUGAAUAAGAAGAGGAUUUUUACCAGCAAUGGGGAUUGGAUCUAGAGAAGAAAGGAUUACUAUAAAAACUUUUCUGUCUGGGAACGGACUGAAAUAAAUGUUCAGUCCCAAUUGCAGGCAGUCCACCAAAGUUUGAUGAGCGUGAUAGAACAAUUUCUUCAUUCCUUUAUUUUAGUCAGGGAUUGUCAUAUUCUACUGUAGAUAUUUAUGUGUCUAUGUGCACUGCUUAUCUGUGUACAUUGAACAGAAUGAAGUAUCUGCUCACCUUUGCUUCCCACUGCUUGCAGAUCACAUGUCACAUUCCAGGUCCUCAGUAAAUGUGUGUUAGAGAAAGAAAGCAGGGGAGGGAGUUGUUUAGUGGCUGGUUCUUUGAAAUACAGAGUAAGCAGGUUUUACUUUUUUGCUGUGUGUGAUUUGGAUGGCAGCAUGCUGAGAUUUUAAUUAUCUGCACUUCAAAAUAUUGCAACCAUGGUUAUUAUAAAACACUUUCCAUUGUCCUUAAUGAAGGGAGGAACGACCAUUUUAAUAUGACUUACAUUUGUAAUUAAUGAGAAAGAAACCUUGGUGGUCCCUGAUUGAAACAAGGAAUAUGAGGAUCCACUUUGUUUGUUUAGGAGUCUUAUAGAAACUCUAGAUAUAAAAGCAGCCUUUUAAAAAUUAUUUUAUGAUGCAAAAAUAAAUAAAUGAGUUUGAUGAGAACACUAGCAAGAUGGGCUUUUCUGAUUCAAGUGCUUUGCUUACUGUACAUUUCUUCCAUUGAAUAAUCAGAAAGAAGCCUCAGUCCAGGGUAGCAAAUUGAUCUCAUCUGGAGUGUUAAUUAAUCAAUCAACAGUUGCUGCUGUGUUGUAGAGGUUUGUGAGGCCUCGUUUGGGCUCACCCAUCCAUCCAUUGAUCCAGUCCAAUAUUCAUUCACCAGUCCAAUCCAGUAUUCGUCCAUCCAUCCUUCCUUCCACUCAACAAAUAUUGAAUACCUGCUAUGUGCAAAGCACUAUUCUGAGCGCCAGAGAUACAGAGUUGAACAAGAUGGACAAAGGAAAAUAGUGCCAUGAUCGAUUAGUGAUGUCCACCAAGAACUCAGGACAUCCAUAUUUUUUCCCCCAUUUCUUAAAGGGGCAUUUUAAGAACCUUUUGAUGCCCACUCAAGGUCACAAAUGGAAAACUCUUGAGGUAAUCACAAAGUACCAACUGAUGGAAUUUGAGUGUUACUUUUUUUUCCCUGACUUUAUGUUUUUAUUUGAUUUUUAACUUUUUUUAACUAAUAU